GUCCUGUUCUGCUCUGGCCUCCUGAUGGCCAUCGUCCAGGCCUGUCUCUCCAGGUAUCCUCCCAGCUGCAUGCAAUCACCCCCAGUGUCUGGACAAGCCCACGGGGUCCUGGGGACCCAGUACGCAGCUGGGAAAGCACGCCAGGUGCCAGUAGAAGCCCAGCUGCCAUUCCUGUAUGAAGCAACAGAUCCUUCUGAUCCUGGCUGUCCUGAGACAGACAACCACACCCAAGACAAGUUGUCACAAAGGAGUCCAGCCGGUGCCUAUGGUCAAGUCUGUGGUCAAUCUCAGCCUUGCAGUCUGCGGCUCGAUAGAUUACACUCGAUGGCAGCCUCCAAGGCAUCCCCAAAUACCCUAGAUCUUUGUUUUGGCCCCAAAGGUGGCAUUCCCCACUCUCCAGCUUCCUCCCUCAGUAAGCUAGGAGCUCAUCCCAGGAUCAACUCGGAAGAGUCAGAGGUGGAGCCACCACACUUCACGGCACGGCACUUUUUAUUUACGGACAAAAUAAAAGUAGAAACGGUGCAGAAUGAAGUCUCUAAAAAGAGCUGGAAUGUCCAUCACUAUGAGCAGGACACUGGCUGUAGAAACGAAAGCAAGGUCAGGGUUGUGUUCACCACAUCAGGGCCAAACUGCAAAGAGUGCAGAGCUGAGCUGGACCACUUAGCACCAUCAGUGUCCCAGGACCUCAUCGUUCAUGCUCUUACCAAGCUCCUGCAGACCUCCCUCCUCUGUGAAGGCCACCGGCUCUCUGGAACCCAAAGCUGUUCUGCUAUUCCUCUGAAUUCCUGAGUGCACAUCACAAGGACACUCCAUUAGCCCCGUUUGCCGUCAUUUUUGUGUGAAACUGCACGCCUACAG